GGAAAACGUUAUGGUUCCAAGAACAUUUUGGCACGCAGGGUGGGGAGACGACCGAGAGAAAACCAUUCGGGAGAAGUGGCUAACACAGGUCAUCCCUGUGGAUUGAGCCCGCGACCUGUUGGCUGCAAAACCAACGUCUGUGACGCGGGCUCGUUGGUUUACGAAGUAAUUCGGGAGAAUUAUGAUGCACUCACACUGCGUGUUUUCGAAGACCUGCACACGCAUUUUGAUGUACCCUUUCCUGAUGCCGCACAGUCGGAAAAGGACGCUGUAAGUCAUUUGCCAGACGGCCACCUUGACCUCACGCGGUUUUUACUUACCUUUUAUUUGGUCCCCAAAGAAAGGCCUGUCGAGGGUCUGUGA